CCCAAUAGUUUACGAUGUAGGGUUUUGUUUACAUUAUCACCUCAGUCGCCAUUUUAACCUACAAGCAGAGCUCCACCCCUUCCCCUUCGCCGCAGUAAAUCAUGAAGCAUAACAAUGUCAUCCCAAAUGGGCACUUUAAGAAGCACUGGCAAAACUAUGUGAAAACAUGGUUUAACCAGCCUGCCCGAAAGGCCAGGAGAAGAACCGCACGACAAGUGAAAGCUGUUAAGAUCUUCCCCAGACCUACUGCUGGACCUCUUCGUCCCGUUGUCCGCGGGCAGACUCUGAAGUACAACAUGAAAGUCAGAGCUGGCAGAGGAUUCUCUCUUGAGGAGCUUAAGGCUGCUGGCAUCCCUAAGAAACUCGCACCAACUGUUGGCAUCUCUGUUGAUCACCGACGUAGAAACAGUUCAUUGGAGGGCUUCCAAACUAAUGUCCAGAGACUGAAGACAUUUAAGGCCAAGCUCGUUGUCUUCCCAAGACGCGUUCGCAAAUUUAAGGCGGGCGACUCUACUCCCGAGGAGCUGGCUACAGCCACUCAAGUUUCUGGAGCUUACUUGCCUAUUGUUAGCGAGAAGCCGGCUAUGGAUCUUGUUAAGGUCACGGAAGAGAUGAAAUCGUUCAGGGCGUACGACAAGCUGCGUCUCGAGAGGACUAAUGCCCGCCAUGUCGGUGUUAGGGCCAAGAGGGCGGCCGAGGCCGAGAAGGAAGAGAAGAAGUAAAUCACACAUAAGAGUGAGAGUUCACAGGCAAACAAAUUGUUGGAUUUGCAUUUUUGCUUAUAUUUAUUACUAUAUCUUUGAAAUUUUUCUGCAUUUUGACACUAUCAAGCUUUACUUUUUGACACAACGUGUAGGCAUGUCUCUGUUUUCUUACUAUUUUAGAAUAUGUAGUUAUUAUUAUAAUUAUAAUUAUUAAUAUUAUUGUCAUAUUAUUUUA